AUGGGUUUCGACGAUCACAGUAUCAACGGUGGCUAUAGUAGCAUGAACAUUGAUUCACCACAGCCACCAUCAUAUCAACAACAUCAACAACAACAACAACAACAACCAUCAGUACAACAACAAUUAACUGAAUCAUUACCAUAUGGAUUCUAUCAACAAAAUCAAACUGCUUAUCCACAACAACAACAAUAUGUUCCACAACCAACUCAACAACAACAACAACAACAAUCAUCACUUUAUUAUAAUCCACAACAACAAUCAAUGGUAUAUCCAUCAACUCCAGUUGCUGCACCACCACAAUUUGACAAUGCACAUGAUCUCAAGAGAUGUUUAAAGUGUACCAAGAUUUACUAUCACAUUGAUAGUUUUAACAAUCAAGCUUGUUCUUACCAUCGUGACAAGUAUGUUAUAAAAUAA